UUCAGAACAAGCAACUCGCUGUAUCUCUUUAAAGUUUGAAGUCAUGCUUGUUGGAAAAGCUGCUGUAGUGUUUCUAGUAUUAGUUAAGUUAACUUACAGUGCAAAAAUUUUGUUUUUCUGUCCAUUGCCUGCUAUAAGUCAUCAAAAAGUAUACCGGUCCGUGAUAGAAGAGCUAGCUGUAAAAGGACAUGAAAUACACGUAGUAACACCGAAUCCAGUGUACAAUGAAUCCAUACCGAACAUAGUAAACUAUAAUAUAAGUAUAAUGUACGAUCUCGUGAAACAGGAAAGCAACGCAUUUAUGCUUCGAUGGUUUUUAAAUAAACCAAACUUUAUAUCUAUGAUCUUCAGGCAAGUGAUCCUGAGUUUAGGGGCUGGAGUAGCCUUAAGUGAAUUUCCAAAUUUUAAAGAGAUUCAAAGGCUAACGAGUAACCACCAGACUUUCGACGUGUGUGUUAUCGAAUGGAUUUUUCCAGGAUUCGCCGUGUAUGGCUACAAAUUUAAAUGUCCUAUGAUCGGAAUCAGUUCUGUAGGUCUUCAAAUACCUAUGCUGGACACAGUUGGAAACCCUAGUUAUCCUGUUAUUGCUCCUGACUUAGACUUACCUCUUACUAGAAGCUUAGAUUCGUUGUACGAAAGAACUUGGUCUCUAUUUUGGUGGGUAUUUACUAAACUGUAUAGUCAUUAUAUUACGCUACCCUUACUGGAUGCAAAAAUUAAAAAAUAUUAUGGAAACGACGUGCCUUAUAUAGGCGACAUACAAAAUAAUGUAAGUUUGAUACUUCUUAACAGAAACAUGAUUUUUCAUCGGAACGUACCUAAUGUUCCAGCUGUAAUAGAGUUUGGAGGAUAUAAACGGACGCCAAUUGUGGAAAACAUUUCUCCGGCUUUGAAGUCAUUUCUGGAUGAUUCCAAAAGGGGUGUAGUAUUUUUUAGUUUAGGUAGUUCUGUACCAGCAAGUCUGCUUCAAUCUCAUGUUACGAUAAUACAAGAGGCGUUUGCAAGUCUACCGUUUGAAUUUAUUUGGAAAUGGGAUCAAGAAACAAUGGAAAAUAAGCCCAAAAAUGUGUUCGUAUCCAAAUGGAUUCCUCAGUUAAUGGUUUUAAAUCAUCCGAAUGUUAAAUUAUUUAUCAGUCAAGGUGGUUUACAGUCAACAGAAGAAGCCAUAGCAGCUCACAAACCCAUUAUUGGAAUACCAUUCCAUUCUGACCAGACUACCAAUGUAGACACGUGCGUGCAUUUUGGUAUGGGUAAAAUGCUUGAUGUGAAGGAUUUAACUGUCGAAACUCUAAGAAGUUAUAUCUUGGAAGUAAUCAAUAAUAUUAGCUAUGCAGAAAAUGCUGCAAAAUUUGAUGCACUAAUGAAAGAUCAACCUCAAGACGGGCUCGAGAAAGCCGUAUGGUGGAUAGAAUAUGUAAUAAGGCAUAGAGGGGCUAAACAUCUUCGCAGUACAGCCGUAGAUCUUCCAUGGUGGAAAUAUUUAAUGCUGGAUGUUUUCGCGUUGAUACUGGCAAUUGUUCUCGCCACUGUCUUUAUUUUUUACUUUAUACUUAAAUUUUUGUUCAAAUUUGUAUCAAAAUUGUUCAAAAAGAAGUCAACGAUUAAGAAAAAAUCCGAAUAAACCCAAUUCUUCUGAUUUUAGUUGAUGAUUUAAGUUCUCUCGCGGUCACAAAAAUUAAGCAUUGUCAGGUAAUAUGAUUAUUUUAAGCUUUGAGAAAAAAGGUUAAGGAAGGAGUAUUAUAAUGCUAUCAUUCAUUUGACACAUUUGAAUUUGAUUUGAAAUUGUGUGGAUUUGUCAGUCUUUGCUGAGCUUAUUUUAUGUUAUUUAUUAUACUCCCAUUACUCGCUGACGAGUAUUCGACACACAUC